GCAAAGCAUCGCCAUUAAAGCAGCGGAAACGCGAGAAAUCAGACUGAAGUAUUAUCAUCUAGAGAUCGUGUUUUCACUACAAGUGCCAACCUGUUUGUGUUAGCUAUGUAAACGCGGUGCCUUACGAACAUAGAAGGCGGUAAAAAGGAUAAUAAAUCCCUUAAACAAUCUUUCGUAUUCAAAGUCUAUACAUCCGGUGAUUUAGUGUAAUAUGGCGCCCUUCUACAAGCGCAUCUGCCGCAGUCUCUCAAAGCGCUACAAGGAGCCCUCGUUAAGUCUGGACAAUACAGUCGAGACGCUGCUAAUCAAGAACGAGGGGGACUUCAUCAGCGUGGAGCAGGGCAAGGAGCUGGUGGCUCGCAAGCGCAACUCCCAGCAGCUGGCCCAUCCGCCCACCCACUUGCAUCACCACCCCCAGAGCCACGCCCACAAUCAUCACACCCUCCAGCAGCAGCAGCAGCAACAGCAACAGCAGCAGCAGCAGCAGCAUCAGCAGCAGCAGCACAAGCGGGACGAGAACAUGAGGCAGCUGCUGGAUGUGACCAACACGCUCACCAUUGAGGAGCUGCGCGACUUUGAGAUGCGAUAUGGCUCACCACAUCACAGCCGCUCGCAAUCGGUCAAGAUGCCCGGCAGCCGAGCAUCCGGAAGGCCAAAUCAGUUGUGUCUGCCCCAGCAGAGAUCCAGGGUGGCUUCCAUGCCGAAUACCGGCGUAGAGGAGGAGUACUACAGACUGCGACACUUCUCGAUAACCGGCAAGGGUGUGGUGAAUCGCGGUGACUCCCUCAAGAGCCGACGCAGUCGCUCCAACAACAGCGUGGCCAGCUCCAACUCCAGCACGGAGCACCUGACCACCCAGCAGCAGCUGUCCGCCCCCGCAUCCGUAUCCGCCCGAACAUCGCUGGCUUCCAGCCGGGAGAGCAGCACCUCCAAUCCCGGCAACGGUCCCUAUAGAGUCCUGAUGCUGGGAGGUCCUGCGGUGGGCAAGAGUUCGCUCGUCUCGCAGUUCAUGACGUCGGAGUACCUGCACGCCUACGACACGAGCAUCGAUGAUGAGUCUGGCGAGAAGGCCGUUUCAGUAUUACUCAGUGGCGAAGAGUCCGAGCUGAUAUUCAUCGACCAUGGAUACACCGAAAUGACUCCGGAUGAGUGCCUGACCAACUACGAUCCGCACGGUUACUGCGUCAUCUACUCGGCCGCGGACAGGAGCAGCUUCAGUGUGGCGGAGCAGGUGCUGCAGGUGCUCUGGACCAAUCAGAACAUCGCCCAGAAGGCAGUCAUCCUGGUAUCGAACAAGGCCGACCUGGCCAGGAGUCGACUGGUCACCUCCGAAGAGGGCAAGGCCAUGGCCACCGCCUACGAUUGUAAAUUCAUCGAGACCUCGGUGGGUAUUAAUCACAACGUGGACGAGCUGCUGGUGGGUCUGUUAUCACAGAUACGGCUCAAGCUGGAGAAUCCCGAAAAGUCCAGGGAUCUUUUCCGAAAGCGUUCGAUUCGCAAGUCAAAGAGACGCGCCUGCUCGCCGCUGAAUGCUGGCUGCCUGAAUGCCAAUACACCGCUGGGUCCGCUGGGGGAGGCGGUGGCCACGCCCCCGGGCAGUGCCCAAAGCAGUCCCCGCAAAUACCGCGGAUCAAGGACCUCCACCAGCCUGAAAGUCAAGGGCCUUUUGGGCCGCGUGUGGACUCGGGACUCGAAGUCGAAGAGCUGCGAGAAUCUGCAUGUACUCUAAGCACCGAAAUUAUCCACAGUGUAACCCACAAGUUUCCUAUAGAGUAUGCAAGAUCCUAAGUUAAAGAAAAAACAGACUCGACUACUACCGCGGGUAUUAUUCCCAACUGUACAUAUUGUGCAUAAGUUUAGCUUUAAUUUACGCUAGUCAUUUCCUCCAUUAAUCAUUGUAUAUAGUUUGUCUAAAUAUAAAACUAUUAUUUGUACUUAUUUGGUUACUUAUGGUUUUCGUUUUCCUCUAAGCAUGAGUUGGGAUAAUUUACAAUGCUCGAAUCUGUUUGGGUCGCCUUGCCCGAGUUGCGACUGGAAUAAAUUAGUUAUAUUUUUGAUUGAAAGAAAUCAAAAUACAAAGGAAUCCAAAAGAAUAAAGCAAUAAUUUUUAAAAAGAGAAAAUAAUAUUUUACCCUUGUUCAUGGACAAAUGAAUACCAAUUGUACUGAUUUUUUGAAGAUAUGAAUGAAACUUAUUGUUAAUUAUAUACGUGUAGUUAUACAUUUGUAAUGGCAUUGAAUCGCAUUUUAAAAUGGCAUUAAUA